AGCUCUCUCACAUCCACAGCUCUCACUUUGACAUCGGGAAGGAUUUUUGAAGUUACCCACCCAUCACUGUCUUUCCAGGAAGACUUGACAUCCGUUCUGUUGCCUUGCUCUUUUCGGGACUAACACCAUGGGGAGAUUAGAUGCGGUUCGGCAGUUUAAUUUGCUCAGCUGGCUCAGAGAGGAGAGAAGAUCGAGGAAACUGAGCCUCUUCAUCGUGUUCGUCGCUCUGCUGCUGGACAACAUGCUGCUGACUGUAGUCGUUCCCAUAAUCCCCAGCUACCUGUACGGCCUGGAUGAGUCGGCACAGAUGGCGUUGAAGAACCACACCCUGACACAGCAGGCCUCCAGCGGGGCCUUCCACAGCAUCGUGUCCUUAUAUGACAACACGGUGAGGACCGCGGGCCCCAACACCACAGUCAGCUCUACGGACCCCCCCCCUGCUCCAGAGCUGCCACAGAACUCCUCCGAAUGCCCCCAGUCCAGCGGCAGGCUGCGCAAUGAGAAUGUGAAAGUGGGACUGCUGUUUGCCUCCAAGGCCACCGUGCAGCUGCUGGUCAACCCCUUCAUCGGGCCCCUCACCAACAGGAUACCACUUCCCUUAUUCGCUGGCUUCUGUAUCAUGUUCAUGUCUACUAUCAGUAAGUCCUAUACCACCUCUAACGCUCUGCUGUUUCUGGCCCGAUCACUGCAGGGUGUCGGCUCCUCCUGCUCCUCUGUGGCCGGUAUGGGAAUGCUUGCGAGUGUGUACACAGAUGAUGAGGAGAGAAGUCACGCCAUCGGAAUCGCUGGGGGUCUUGCAAUGGGGGUGCUAAUUGGCCCCCCCUUCGGCAGUGUGAUGUACGAGUUUGUGGGGAAGACCGCUCCUUUCCUCAUUCUGGCCAGCCUGGCUUUGUUUGAUGGAGCUCUGCAGCUCUUUGUUCUACAGCCCUGCAAGGUGGCCCCAGAGAGUCAGAAGGGGACUUCGCUGUUAACACUGAUGAAGGAUCCAUACAUUCUAAUCGCAGCUGGUGCCAUUUGCUUUGGAAAUAUGGCCAUUGCCAUGUUGGAGCCGACGCUGCCGAUCUGGAUGAUGGAGACCAUGUGUUCCAAGAAAUGGCAGCUAGGCGUCGCUUUCUUACCAGCAUCCAUCUCCUACCUUAUUGGAACCUACAUCUUCGGCACCUUGGCGCUCAAGAUGGGGAGGUGGCUUUGUGCUCUCAUUGGAAUAACAGUGGUUGGAAUCAGCGUAAUAUGUGUUUCAUUUGCCAAAAACAUCUAUGGUCUGAUUAUUCCUAACUUUGGAAUUGGGUUUGCUAUCGGCAUGGUGGACUCGUCUAUGAUGCCUAUUAUGGGUUACCUGGUGGACCUGCGGCAUGUGUCUGUCUACGGAAGUGUGUAUGCUAUUGCUGAUGUGGCUUUCUGCAUGGGAUUUGCUUUAGGUCCGUCUAUCGGCGGAGCCAUAUCUCAGAGCAUCGGCUUCCCCUGGAUGAUGAUCAUCAUUGGAAUAGUGGAUAUUCUCUAUGCUCCUCUUUGCAUCUUCCUCAGGAAUCCACCGGGACAAGAAGAGAAAAUUGCUAUUUUGAUGGACACCAACUGCUCAAUGAAGACACGGUCCUACUCCACACAGGGGACGUACUACCAGGGCGACAACAUGGAUCCAGAAUAUGAGGAUUAUGAUUAACAGGACACCAGCCAUGCAGGUUAACCCUUCAGAGGAUUUAUUUUGUUGUACAAAAAAAGUAACAGAAGAAAAAAAAACAGCAAUGAAACAAACUGCCAAGAUAUUUCUGUGUGAAUGUCCCGCGUUCAGUCUGGUCUGUGUCCUCUUAGCAGUUGUACUGGAGCAAACCAAAGUUGUUCUUGAUCUGUGGUUGCAAGCGCAUUGUGUGAGAGAUAUUUUUUAGCCAAAAGCCUUAUUCAGUAGAGAGAUGUGUCAAAAAGCACUUUUUAGGUAGUAGAAGGGUGCUGAGCAACAAGUACGCUUUGCUGGUUUAUUUUGGAUACAAAUCUGUGUUCAUUUAUGUGUAAGCCAUUAAAAGUCGUGUUUGUAUCUGCUGUACGUCCAUGAUGCUGUCUAGAGUAUUAUAACCAGACCUUUUGCAAGUUGGUAUUAUAUUGGGUAAUUGUGUGGUAUGUCAAGAAACUGUUGUUUGUCUAAAGUCAGGAAUAAUUGUUGGUCUAUGGUCCAUGUUUGCAUUGAUGCAGUUACUACCAACUGUGUAGGGAAGUCAACACAUUUAGGCUGGUUUAAAAAGGAUGACGAAAGUGUUUUAAAACACAAUAUAGAUUCAUGAUAUCCUCCUUAGAACCGAACCUACAGAACCGUGCGUUAUGGCAACGUCAGAGAAAGUAAGCUGCUGUUCACCCUGCUUUUUAAUUUAAUGAAUCAUUAAUACUGUAAAUACCCCAAAAGUUGACUUUAUUUACCUCAGUGGCAGGGAGAAUAAGUCCCACAGGAAAUUAGGAAAAAGUUCUGUCAUUAAUAAGAUGGUGCAGGUAUAAGUCCUUAAACUUGUAAAUAAGUUUGCAAUUGACCACGUCCAGUACCCUGGUCUCUGUAGUCAACGUUUUUUCUUAACGUUUUAUUGGUUAGAUUGAA